CGGGACUUCCAACAUAGAAGCAAAUAGCUCUAUGACCAGCUCUCUUACAUCCCCACCAAACAUCUUAUCUCCUAACACAUCUCAGCUCCGGCAGCCAUCGAAUCUAAGAAACACUUUGACUGGUGCUGCCAGUAAAAUCCCCCGACCUGGAAAGAAACCUUAUGCAAAGCCCGUCUCCAGGCUUCCUAAACCCAAGGCUUUGACUAAGCUCGGGUCGACCACAACUGCCACAACUACGACGGUCACGACAACACCUCCACAAUCGACUCGUAGGGCGAGACUAAACGCCGCUGCAGCCAUUGCUCCCAAACCCCGGAGUACGAACACUGUGUCAAACGAAUUGCCUCCAGAUAUCAUCAUUCUCCAACCUCGUCCUCCAAAGGAGGCUCCUCGACUAGCUACACCCGAGCCCAUGACAAAUACCGAUCAAGAACCUAUCGUAAUAGAAGGGGAGGACUCUAUUGUCUCUGUUCGCGCCUCUCCACCCAUCGAGUCCGGCCUAAGUCCACCAAGGUCUGGCUUAUUAUUACGGGACGAGGCCCGUCGACUAAAGCAAGAAGCCGAAGCCCCAUCCCCUACUAUUCCUGUAUUCACUGCUACAGCACCUUCCCUCGGGAUAUUUCCUUCGACAGCACGUCCGAAGGGGCGAGGCAAGAAUACUCUUAUCAGGCCAAUGAUGAUGCCCUUAGACCCCACUUCUCUACGGAACUUGACAACAUCGAACACAUUACGGAAUCAGCAAUACCUAUGCUCACAGAUGGAAACCCAAAUUAUCAUGAAGGAAGGGAAAAGACCUGCCAGUCCUACUAGCAAAGUGCGGACAUUGUUGGACAAGCAAAAGGAGGAGAAAGAUAAGAGCAGAGGAGAACGUGCUGCCAGACGUCGAAUCGCUUCGGGCGAUGGUGAUGAAGAAAUGGAAGAUUCCGCCGCGCCUCGCAAGCAUCCAAGAGCGGCUGGAGAUGACGAGGACUACCGAACGCCUGCGAAGAUCCGAGAACAGGAACGAAUGGAAGUCGAUGAACCAAACGAAAAAGCCAAGAGGAGAGUGAAGUGGAACGUCGACCUAUUACAACGAUUCGAGAUGGAUCAAUCGGACUUGGAAGGUAUUAAGAAGAGUGCUGAGAUAGCCAGAACGAAGACCAUAGCCAAGAGCUGUUUAACUACUCGAGUUCUUCUUGACCCCUUGGGCAAUGUACCUGAUGCAGAUGUCCCGAUAGCCGAUUUGAAGAAAAUAGACGUCAUCGUCACAAAAUUGGUGUACGCUGAUGACCUUCCACCGGUGGAACAGCCAGCCCCUAAGCCACCGCCGAAGCAAACCGGAAAACGAGCAGCGACAAAGAAAUCCAAGAGUCCUAUUGCCGUUGACAUUGCAUGA